UUAGAAUGUAUUCUUCUUCUUCUUUCUUUAUUCUUGCAUGUUGUAAAGUAUUUUUGAAAUCCUAUUAAAAGAAUUUUAAAAAAAGAAACAAGUAGACAGAAAUAUAUAGUCUUGAAGAAGUAUAUCAGUCCCAUGCACCCUCUUACCAAACCACCUCACCAAAUUUUCAACUCUUUUUCAUUUCUAACAAGAGAAUCUUCCCAAACCUCUCUUUAUUUCGAUUCUCCGAGACCAAAAAAAACAUAUAACAACUCUCACCAUGCCGGAGAAAACUCGCCAUACAAAGGCUCUCACGGCCACUAUCCUCACGGCGAUGGCGUUUCUCGCGUUUCCAAUGAUCAUCAACGCUUCAGAUUCAUCAACCAAUAGAAAACUCGAAGAGGAUCCAAUAAAAUGCACACCUUGUCUCCAAAACAUUCCUCCUCCACCGCCAUCACCUCCACCGCCGUCUCCAGCUUGUCCUCCACCACCACUGCCUCCUUCACCGCCAAAGAAGUCUUAUUGUCCACCACCUCCGUCCACUUACAUAUACAUGACUGGUCCACCAGGAGAGUUGUAUCCCAUUGAUCAGCAGUUUGGAGCGGCUGCUGCAAAAAGGUUUACGGUGGUGAAGAUCUUAGGCCUGAUCGCGUUUGGAGUUAUGAGUUUCUUGAUGAUCAUGAACUGAUGUUGUUUCGUUGACUCGUUGUUUAUCGUUUCAUAGAUUCGUUUACUUUUGACGGAUGGGUAUAUGUUGUUCAGAUAACUCUUAAUUAAUGAUUAUCCGAUAAAUUGUCGAUUGUGCAUUUUCUCUUUGGUUAGGAUCACUUGAUUUCGGUUGAUUCUCGAGUGGCCAUGAUUUUUUUUAAAACCAUAUUCUUUAAAU